UCCCGCCCUUUCCGGCGGGCGCGGGGCGGAGCGGAGCGCGCGGAGCCGCCGGGGCCGGGGCCGGUCCCCGCGCCCCGCAGCCAUGGCCCUGGCGCCGCGCUGACCCCGCCGGCGCCAUGAGGAGCGCCGACGACCUGGAGGGCUUCGACGGCGAGGCGUCCAGCGCCUCCAUGAUCUCGGGCGCCAGCAGCCCCUACCAGCCCACCACCGAGCCCGUCACGCAGCGCCGCGGGCUCGCCGGGCUGCGCUGCGACCGCGGGUACCUGCGGGGCGUCCUCGGCGCCGCCAAAGUGGCGGAGGUGGUUUUGGCACUGAUUGCGUUCAUCUGCAUAGAGACCAUCAUGGAAUGCUCCCCGUGCGAAGGCCUUUAUUUCUUUGAGUUUGUGAGCUGUAGCGCGUUGGUGGUUACCGGAGUUCUGUUGCUUAUGUUCAGUCUAAAUCUUCACACAAGAAUACCGCAGAUCAACUGGAAUCUUACUGAUCUGGUCAACACUGGACUCAGCACUUUCUUCUUUUUCGUUGCCUCUGUAGUACUUGCUGCUUUAAACCAUAAAACUGGAGCAGAAAUUGCUGCUGUGAUAUUUGGUUUCUUGGCAAUGGCAGUGUAUGCUGUGAACACCUAUUUAGCUAUUAAAAAGUGGCGAAUGAACAGCAGACAACAAAACAGUCGGCAGACAAGUGAUUACAUCCGUGCUCGGACAGAAUCCAGAGAAGUAGAUCACCGCCCUGAGAUUCAGCGCCUGGAUGCGUGAAAGCGACCUUCAAAUGGGACUGCAAAGGGAAAAGAAGUAGUGCUUAACUCUCUCACGGAAUAAAGAGUUUUUUCUUUGUUUAAGGAAGAAAAGGAAGAUCGAAUGGUGGCAAAGAGUGCCCGGCCCUGCAUCUGUGCAAUCUGUGCAGCAGUGCAUUGAGUCAGAAGCUGUUGUCAUGAAGGCAGUAAAUGUUGGUCAUUCAAAAACAAGAUCAGUUUAAGAUGCUCACGUAUAUAUACGUGUACAUUUUAUAGCUUAUAUAAUAUAUAAUGUAUAUACGUUUCGAAGUACGUUGUGGUUUUGGAUUAACUGCACAAUACUUUCCUUCCCUCUCCCAAGCGCGAGCUCUGAAUAUCCAUGUUCUGCCACUGUUACUUCACCCAUUGAAAACACUAAAACCAGCACUACACUGCUUGUGUGGGAAAGAAAUUCACCAAAUUAAAUAUAAUACAGGUGAAAAGGAAGUGAGGGGCAAAUAGCAAUAACUUCAGCCGUGUGUCGUGUCCAGCAAACUCUCUGUGUCCGUCCUCACGGAGCUGUAGCAGCACAGCUCGAUUCUCAUCUGCGAGAUCUCUUGCAGUUUCACUGUUGGUGUACUUAGAGGGCUGGCAAGGACAACCAUUUCACGUUUUCGAUGGGUGUUGAUGGGUGUUACCUGGGGGCGGCACUGACGUUGCUGUAUAUUGAGGUCAUGCACGGCCAUGGCCACAUCACAACUUGUGCGAAGUUAGUGUUUGCUGAAGGGUCACCAUCAUGUAUCAAAUGCAAGUAUGUGGUUUUCUGCUAACAUCAGGAUACUUUGUUUUUCAUUCCAAAAUGGGAAAAUAAAUGUGCUUGGAAAGCAGGGUGGAGAAAAGGGGAUUGAAGGGCAGGGUAGGGAAAGAAGAGGCUAUCAUCGAUAGACUUUCAUUCAUGGCUUUCUUUUUUCUUUUCUUUUUUUCCCCUUUUUCUGUUGUUUUUUCAAGGUUCAACAUCUCCAACAACCCAGGGUAAGCAAAAACUAGAAAAAAACCCAUGAUUUUAAGGUUACUAGUGCUGCGAUAUUGUGAUUCAUGUAAGAUAAAUAUUUCCCUUUUUGGAAGGUUGGUUGUUUCUUCUAAAAUUAAGUGUUGGUAGUAGAUAAAACUGAUUUUUAAAAAAAAAUUAAUUGGGUGUUUCUGCAAUUUUUUUCCGUAAUAUUCCUUUGGAAAAUCAGUGUAAACAAUUGGAGGAUAAUUGUACUGAUUUGUUUAGAAAUAGUUUUACUUAAGUGGAGUUUUCUUAUUUAGCUUGUACUUCCAGUGAAGAGAAGAAUAUUUUCUCUGCUCAAAACUCAAAUUCUGAUGAAAUCUCUGAAAUGAGCAGAACUGUGUGCCAUGUACAGCUGAAUUAUUCUUGCAUUUGGCUUGAGCACUCUUUGCAUCGUGUUCCUCUGUAGGUGUACUCGUAAUAGAAUGAAUGCCAUUACCUGGAGAGUUAAGAGCAAACAGCAACACGUUGCAGACAGGUAGCUUUUAAAUAUGAAACAAAGCUUAUACCAAACAGAAGAUCAGUAGAAGUGCCUGGGCUUUCUUAAUACUGGAGGGAACGAGGACGGUGGCAGAUGGGACCCUGGUGCGCAAUAGGGAGUUAUUUCCCUGUGUGAAAAAACAGUGGCAAAACUCCUUUUUUCUCACUUUCAGUUUACUGAUGUCUGCAGUGCGUUUCUCUUUACUGGCUGAGAGGGAGAUGAACGUUCAGAAAAAGGUACUAAUGAAGUUAAAAACUUGCAUUUUCUUAAGGAGUGAUGGUUUGCCACUUAGUAAAGUCACAUUUUAUUGUGCUUCAAUGAAAGGUAAUGCCAAAGGGAACAGCGGUUUAAAAACCGAACUGCGUGAGCCAGGCUCUGGAUCUGGGUUUAGAGCAUAGACCUGUUCCUGAGGUGGUGUCUCACCAGGGUUAAUGUGUUUCAUCACAAGGAAAUGACAGCUCCGUGUUCAACACGGUAUGAAAUAAAGGAGUUUAUCGCUGCUGGUGCAGUGGUUACUGCCCCGCUGUUGUUUCGCACUCUACCCAGAUUGCAAGGAGCGGUUGUAGAUGUUGGCAGUUACUAAAACAACCUUUUUUAAAAGUAGCACAACGAUACCUAGACUGGAAUUGUAAAUGGGAAUUAAAGCAGUUUAUAUAAAGAUUGGAAAAACAAACCAAAACCAAACCACCCCUCCCGCUCCAAAACCCCCCCCCACAACAAACCCCCACCCCUGCUCAGCUACAGAAUAUUGUCUUCCAGAAGAGCCAUGUUUUUAGAGUGAAACCCUCACCUGGGAUCAAGAAACAGGAGUUGGGUGAUGUAGAGCAAAGGCUUUUCAUGAGGAGUGUGUCCUUGUUGAUGACAAGGACUGGAAUGGUGCGUGUGUAACUCUGUUCCCUUCCUUUGCCCCCUGUGCUGAAUCUGUGUUUUUCAGAGGUGUGAGGGGUCUCGUGCUGCAACUAGGUUUAUGAAUGUGGUAUCUUUCAAAUCCUUACACCUUCCCUUACCGAGGGAAAGGAUAACAUCACCAAGCUUUUUCUAAUGAAAAGCUUUUGUUACCUUUUAGCCGGAAUGAGAAAUGCAGAGUGAUACGGUGACACUUCUAACACGGCGUCAUACUUCACCCUGUGGUAUAGCGUACCUGAAUCACCUUGAGUGGUUUUACAUGUGAAAUAAGUUUGCUCGAGCUCAGAACAGCAUGCUGUUAUUUAUUACUUACAUCAUGACUUGAGCUUAGCACAGCUUUCAGGGUAGGAUUCAAAGAGAAUAUUAAUUUAAAAAAAAUACGAUCCGAUACGCUUUGUUAAACAAAAACAAAUGUAAAUUUUUAAUUGAUUUUAGUAUUGUACUGUAUAUACUUUCUAAAAAUCUAAGUUAAGCUUUUCUUACUCUAGAGAGACACUUACUGUUUGGAUUAUAUAGAAGGGAACUGAGGUAGCUGUGACAGACAACUAAAUUUGAAACAAAGAUCAUAUGAGAUAUACAUGGUUGAUUCCCCCUUAAUUUUACACAGUGGAUCGAAGAGGUGGUAGUAUUUUAAGACUUAUCCAAACUGAAGUAAUCAUAAAAAAAAAUCUUAAAGAAGAAAAUAGGGUAGAAAGAUGAAAUUUUUUUGGAAACUAGAAAAGUGACAUUAAGUUGCUCCUCCCAGCCAGUCUUGCUUGUAAGUGUAGAGCCUAUACUUUUUGUUUCCUUCCUUAAGAAUGCUGUUUGGCUUCAUAAAGGGACUCAAAACCCACUCUAAGUAAAGCUAAAUUAAAGCUAAACAUUUGAACCUUGUAGGAACAGUAUGCUGGAAACUGUAAUGGUUCUGAUCAGUCCUCUCCCAUCAAACCGAACCCUCAGAUACGCAGUCUCUAUCUGUUUCUGCAUGUAGAAAUGACGGGAAAUUUUGUAACCUAUGCACAGACGUCAAAAGAUUAAACAGCAAAAUUACUGUAAGAAUAUCUGUUAUCCUCUUAAUGAUAGGGAUGCUCAGCUUUGUCAGCUUUAGGUUCAGUUUCUCAUACGUGCCGGUAAUGACAUGCAAGCUGCCUCCAACAGGAGUUUCUAAAACCAUAAUUAAGAACUGAUUUGACAGAUUAAUCGCUUCUUGGUGAAGUUGAUUCCUUCUUGCUCUCCAUUUCUUCUUUUCAUUUCAUAUAUUCAUGUCUCAUCUAUCUUAUGUUUGAACAUUUUAGUUUUUGUUAAGCCUUCUCCAUCGAUCUGUACGGUGUCUGCUUCAGCGUAAGGAGGAUGAGAAUACUAUGUCCAGCGUCCUUUUGGUUAAAUACGGUACUCAUUCCUUUUAUGAUGGCUUAUGGUGUUUGGGCUGGAUGUGCUGGAGGGAUUUACUCUUCCCCUAGGACUUAGGACGCUAGCUGGUGUCCUGCAUGUGUUUCAGUGUAAGUUUUCAGGUAGGAGCCGCGUGCUCAGAGGUUGAGAGGGUUCGAAAUUCGCCUACCUCUGCCUUUUUUGAGAGACAAGGUACUGAUGGUAGAGAUUGGGCGUCUGUAUUUCAGUCUGUGAUACUCGUCAUGGGCUUUGCGUUCAAGAGCGUGACAUGUGUGGUGAGCUGUCCCCUGGAAGCAACUUCUCAUCUUUUGCUGAUAAGGUGUCUCUUAGAUGUGAAUUUAAAUAACAUCAGGGUGCUUCUUCAUGGGCUUUGUUGUGUGUUUCACUGUGCGUCUCACGAUAAGAUCUAGAAUUGUUAUAUCUGUUUAUAUUUCAUUGUUGAGUCUAGAAAGAAGAGGGGAAAACUGGGGAAAGUUUCCAAUCUUCCCUAAGAUAAUCUUAUCUUACUUCUUUUCACCUGUGAAUGAUUUUGUACGGUACGGUGAUUGCCUAACCCAGCAAGACUUAUUGGUGCUUAAAAUGCUGUGCCACGGAGCAGGGAAAUUGAUCUGCUGCGACCUGUGUGUGGACUGUUAGGAGUGAAUUAACCAUUAGUUUCCCAUGAACUCUAAGAUCCUUGAGCAAAUUUGAUACUUGUCACCUUUGUGCUGUUUUGGAGAUGUGUGGGCACAGCAAAUGCUUAUGGAGUAAGUGCUUUUAUUAAUGCACCUCUUCACCCCCUUUCUUAAUCUUUGUUCCAUACCUCUUAUUUUCUUGUCUCAUGACAACUUCGUAAACAUUCCUUAUUGUUCUCUUUUGUGAGGGGAUAAAACCAGAACCUCAGAAUAAAUAAAAAUAAUGUAUAAUUUUAAAAACACCCAGAGUUGAUAGCAAUUCAAAUAGUGUCGAAAAUAUCCUCUCUCCUACUCAGCUGAGAGACUGAACGGCUUUGUACGUGAGAAUCGAAGCAUAAAGAACAAGUCUUAUGCUGAAAGCUCUGGAGCCAAACAUCUUCUUCAGGUAUUUAGGAUAAAUCAUAAGAUUGGCACAGUCUGAUCAUGAAUUUGAGGUGCGAUAAAUGGUUCGAAGGAGACAGAAACCCAAACUUGUUACCUAAUAAUGCAGUGCUUUCAGAAUGAUGAUGUGAACAUUAAUAAUCCCCAGCAGCAGAAGGGAAGAUUGCCUUUGUAGAGAAGGGGAGAGGGGCGCCUUCAGUUAGUCAGAACAUCAGGUGUAGAAGUGUUUCUCUGUUCCCAAGUCCGGGGCCACGCUGGCUGUGUGAUAUGCUGUGUGAUGCGGUCAGAGAGUUUGUACACCGAUGUUCAUGGUGUAUCUCCAAAGCUGGGGUGUGUUGACAACGUGGUGUGAUAAUCAAAUGACUUCUGCUCCCCUGGAGGGCAGUGGUUGCUUCAGAGACCUGCAGAAGGCAUAGGUGUUGGCAUCACAGGGGCUCGGCGUGUCUAGGAGGAAGGAGAGGUGCGGGCUAAACUCUGCCCAGUCCCACUGACAUGAGUGAAACCGUUACGUAGCAUUUCUGAGAACCGGGUACUUAGUUCUUGUUCUUAACAUAAAAUAAGGUAUUGUUUGGAGGGCCAGCAAAGCUCAGAAAGGCUGUACCGGUAGAGGUGUCGUGUGUGCCGGUAGAGCUUUCGUGGCAGUGAAAAUAAGAAUUUACAAAUGAAACUGAAAUAGGUACAAAAAACAGCGGAAUGAUUGCAAGUACUUUGUAGAAAUGAUGCCACUUUCCUCUCUUUUAACAGCGGGAGUUGGUUAAAAACCGAUUUAUACAAAUAUUCAGGCAGUCUCCUAGUGUCACUCUAGAUUUUUCUCCUGGUGCGUUGUUUUUCCCUGUUAGCCCUUGGCCACCCAAAUAAAUCUGUUUGACAGCGUCAGUGCUGUCCAACCUUAAAGAGUUCCUUUGUUAUUUUGGUCUUAUUUUUGUGUUGUCUUCUAAAAAUCUGUCUAAUUUAACCAUUUGUAAUCUAAAAAUGAUCUUGAAAAGAAAUCUGCUUACACUGUGAUUUAUGAUAGCCUUUAAUUUAGAGUGUACAACACAAUCUACUUUUCUUUUGGGAUAUGCAGCUUUCAGAAGUGUUCUUAUAUGUGCCCAGAAAUGAAAGUUGUCUAUUUAUCAUUAAAAUGUGAUUAGAUAAAGUUACCUAUCCAGAAUCCCAGCGCAGCUCUUCUAGGUGUACUGGGAGGAUGACUUAGUGAAAUUGCCUUUUAAUCUCUAUGGGUUAAUAAAUAUUUUUUUAUACCUAGCCACAGAUAUUCCUUUUUAAAUUAUACUUGGCAAACAGAAGAUAUUUAAUUUUAUAUACAGUAUACAUAGUUACCUUGAUCGACAUAUUUAUAACAUAGAGCUUUGUGUUUACUAUGAAGGUUUUAUCUGUAUACCAUGGACUAGAUGGGUAAAAUUUUAAAGAGCCGAUUAGCAUAUAUGGAAGGGUAUGGAAACAAUCUUCAUGAGUUCAGAAUGAGGACAUAAGAGCAUUUCAAAAAGCAAUAGUGAGACCAUAUUAACAGAGUAUCUUUUUUUUUCUUAUUUUGUGACUGGGGCUGGUCCCUGCAGCUGUUUUAUUAACAUCUGGAUGUGAGUAACAGAAUGAAAUAUGACCAUCUGCCUCUUCUGACUGUGACGGACUAUUGUCUGGAGUAUGGGAAAUUUCAGGGUAUUGUAUUUGUUUUGCUUUGGACAAAUGUCUCAAUAGACAUUUAAUUAAAACCUUCAUGUGUUCGACAGAAAAUACCCUCUCUUAACUAGGCUCAUUUAUCGCUUUUGGUAACCUUUUAAUCCCAAAAGUAUUAUUGUCUAAAUAUUUUCAGUAAUAUUACAGUUAUCCUGAUGUCUACAGGUUAAAGUGGUUCUGGCUAGCACCCUUUUAUUACAACAGUUGCUACCUUCAUUUUUCUACUGUUUCUACUUUAAUCUUGAAUGUUUACCGGUUUCUACUUGUUGGAUUUUGUGGAGGGAGAGUGUAACUUAGCACUACAGUUCAUCCAGCUUUAACUCAUACAUCACAGUUCUGGAGUAAGGAAAUAUUUUGAUUUAUAUAUUGUGGCCAAUUUAUUGCAUUUUUAAAUGAUUUCUAUACUUAAGACACAACAUUUAUGACAUAAUAUAAUAAAUGACUUAGGUAAUCAUAUCUGUCUAGACUUACUCUCUUCUGUGUUAGUGUCAUUUGGAACCUAUUUGUAUAUGUUGAAAUUUGUAAGGGUUCAGGAACCCACAAUAAAAUAGUAAAGUAUGUAUUUAUUUCUCAUUAUAAUGCUCAAUUUUUAUUUGAAAGUUGACACUUUGUAUGUCUUUUCACAGAAUUGUAAACAAAUACCGGAAAACUGCUUCACCUGGUGUGCCUUCCAUGUGUGGUAUAAACACUUGUCAUUCACAGAAAUAGAGUUGUAAAGUUAUUAAACCGGGUAACGCUAUUUUUGUAACGUCUGUCACUAACGCAUUGUGCUUUGUUUCCACAAAUACCAGGUUUAUGCUUUGUGCGCUAAAUAGUAAAUCUGAUAGCACGGUGAAUCCAAAGGUUGUAUUGCUUUUGCUCUGCUCCGCCUUCAGCUGCCACCUGAAUGAUGGAGAACAAGUGGAUGGCUGAUGGGAGCUGGAAGGUACUUCCGAAUUCUUUCUUUCAGACUCGUAUAGGGAGAUGCUCAGUGUGGGAUAUUUGUAUCCUCGGUGCUGAUUCUGCUGCCUCUAGAUAAACAUAGCAGGAGUAAUCUAAAUGUUCUGAUUCUAGCUCAUAAUUUCUGGUGUCCGAGCAUCCGGGCCUGACAGAGAGACUUCAUCCCUCAGGGAUGCACGUCCUACACUGACAGAUCCGUGAUUGUGAACAGCUCAGAAUGAUUAGUUGACGU